ACCCCAAAAAUAUUUUUGUGUUUACUUGAGAAAAAUUGUAAUGAAUCAAACCCUACUAAAUCACCGAACAAUUCAGCCGCCCAUAAAUUUAUAAAAAAAACAACACUAAUUGUCAAUUACCCCAAAAUUUAGUUCGUCAGGUUGGUAGUAGUGCUUGAGAAAUGUCACACGUGACAUAACCUCACACACACGUGUUGUGUUUUUGUGGGGAAAAAUGGUUCAAAAUCACGCGAGUGAUGACUCAAACGCGAAAAAGUCACACCGGGAGCGUCAUUCCGGCCGCAAGGCCCAGAAAAAGGAGAAAAAAAGUGUGGGGGAAGUCUCCGACAAGCAGCGUAACCCCAAAGCCUUUGCCUUUAAUUCCGCCAUCCGUGCUGAGCGUAAAUUUCGCCGAAGACAGGAUAUCGACACGAAAAAACAGCAUGUUCCUCUUGUUGAUCGUACCCCUUUGGAGCCCCCUCCGAUUCUGAUAGCCGUGGUGGGGCCCCCGAAAGUCGGCAAAAGCACGCUAAUCAACAACUUGAUUAAAUUGUUCACAAAGUCGCCCCUGGUGGAAAUCAAGGGCCCCGUGACCCUUGUCACUGGUAAAAAACGCCGAAUCACUUUCAUCGAGUGCAACAACGACAUAAACAGCAUGAUUGACUUGGCGAAAGUGGCCGAUUUGGUGCUUCUACUAUGUGAUGCAAGUUUCGGUUUCGAAAUGGAAGUUUUCGAGUUUUUAAACAUCUGUCAAGUCCAUGGAAUGCCCAAAAUCAUGGGUAUUUUAACCCAUCUCGAUGUGAUCAAAAACGCAAAAACCCUAAAAACCACGAAAAAAGUCCUAAAACACCGAUUCUGGACCGAGGUCUACCCCGGAGCCAAACUUUUCUACCUCUCCGGACUCGUACACGACGAAUAUUUACGUAACGAAAUUCGCAAUUUGGGGCGUUUCAUCUCUGUGAUGAAGUUCCGCCCAUUAACAUGGCGCACCAAUCACGGCUAUCUACUAGCCGAUCGCUACGAGGAUUUGACCAAUCAGGAAGUGAUCCGACAAAAUCCGAAAUGUGAUCGUAUUAUUUCGCUCUAUGGUUACGUAAGAGGCGUGCCUAUUAAAAACCACGCCUCGAUACAUAUCGCCGGAUUGGGUGAUGUUAAAAUCCAUGACGUUUCAUACCUCCCUGAUCCUUGCCCACUUCCUGAACAAAUCAAAAAGCGGGCGUUGAUCGAAAAGGAGAAAUUGAUAUACGCCCCCUUUUCGGGAGUUGGAGGUAUUGUGUAUGACAAAGAUGCGGUUUAUGUCGAAUUGGGGGGUUCACAUAGUCAUAGUAAUAAAAACGAGGAGACUGACAUUGUUACCAACCUGAUUGAUACGCAAAAAACCCUAGAUGUCAAAAUGGCGCAUUCAAAAAUACAAAUUUUUACGGGAGGAAAAGAAAUCACAGGGGAGGAGUUUGAGGAGGAGGAAGAUCAAGAAGAGGAAAUGCAACUUUAUGAGAAGCAAGACAAGAAAGAGGAGGAGGAUUUGGAGGAUGAAUUGAAGAAAUUGAGGGGACAAUAUGGACGGUUUAGGGAGGAAAGAGUUGAAGAUGAGGGGAGGGUGAGGAGGAGGGUCGUUUUUGAAACAGGGGAUGACGAAUUUGCCAACAACAUUGAAGAUUUAGAAGAAGAUUCCGUUGAAAAAAUUGAAGAUUCAAAAAGCAAGGAAGUUAUAAAUUUUGAUGAAUUAGAAGAUAAAGAAUUAAUUGAGCGAAAGAAGAAGAAUGUAGAAGAAAAGCAAGACGAUGUUCAUUCGAAAAUCAGCAAUAUUUUGAAGAAACUGGACGAAAAGAAGAAAACUACUUUUGAAGAAAGAAGAACGGAAGAAAAAAAUUCGUCCGUAACUGAAGAAUCCGAUCAAGAAAUGGAAGAUGACGAUGAUAUAAAAUGGGAGGAAGAUCAGGAAGAAGAAAAUUCGUCAGAAGAUGAAGAAAAUGUAGAAAGAAGAAAGGAAGAAGAAAAUUCGUCAGAAGCUGAGGAUUCCGAUGAAGAAAUGGAAAAUGACGAUGAUAUAAAAUGGGAAGAAAAUUCGUUAGAAGAUGAAGAAAGGGAAGAUAAUGACGACAUAAAAUGGAAGGAAAAUUUGGUGGAAAAGGCCCACACGGCCUUCUUAGAUCGUCAAAGUACCAAUCAAAACCUCAUGAAGCUCGUUUAUGGCAUUUUCAAUGAAAAACAAGAAGAAGAAGAAAUAAAAACAGAACCGGAAGAGGAAGAAACACUCGGUGGUCUCUUCAAAAAAGUCUCACGCACUCAACAAAAACUCAAACUCGAUAAAGACACCAUGAACCUCCCUGAAUCAGCCCUAAUUCAGCCCUGGAACGCCCCCAUUAGAGACUAUCUAAAUGAAGAAAACAAAAUAACGAUCGUUAAUUGUUUCGUGACUGGUCAAUGGAAAAGUACAGAGGACGCAAGUGAACUUUUAAAAUUAGACGAUGAAGAUUUAAGCGAAGAUUCGGAAAUUUUCGGCGAUUUUGAGGAUCUUGAAACGGGUGAAAAACACACGAAACGGAAACGAGACGACGAAGAGGCAGACAAGCAAGCUUUGGCGGAGAAAAAGCGUAAAUUAAAGGAGAAAUUCGAUGAAGAAUAUGACAAUACGGAAAAAAAAUCCUAUUAUGACGAUUUGAAACAAAGUGCAGAGAAACAAGCCCAAUUAAAUAAGAACGUUUUUGCGAAUAUGGCCGAUGAUGUCCGAGUGGAGAUCGAGGGUUUCCGGCCGGGGAUGUACGUCCGAAUUGAGAUUCGUGAUAUUCCGGCCGAAUUCGUGACGAAUUUCAAUCCGACGUAUCCGCUAGUUGUAGGUGCGCUCAAUAUGGGCGAAGAAAAUAUCGGUUACGUUAACGUGAAAAUAAAAAAACAUCGGUGGUAUAGUAAAAUCUUGAAAACGGGGGAUCCCCUUAUUAUCUCGCUGGGUUGGCGGCGGUUUCAAACCCUCCCGAUCUAUUCGAAACUGGAGGAUGAUUUAAAAUUUCGUUAUUUGAAGUACACCCCCGAGCAUUUAGCGUGCAAUGCACAUUUUUGGGGCCCCAUAACGCCCCAAGGGUCGGGUUUUGUCGCUUUGCAAUCGGUCGAUUGUGAGAGUGUGAAGCAGGGAUUUCGUAUUGCUGCCACUGGUGUGGUCCAAGAAUUGGAUAAAUCGACUCAAAUAAUGAAAAAAUUGAAGUUGGUAGGACACCCGUUGAAAAUUUACAAAAAAACGGCGUUUAUUAAAGGGAUGUUUAAUAGUGCUUUGGAAGUGGCGAAGUUCGAGGGGGCGAGGAUUAAGACAGUUUCGGGGGUCAGGGGACAGAUUAAGAAAGCCGUGAAUAAGCCUGAAGGGUGUUUUAGGGCCACUUUUGAGGAUAAGAUUUUGUUAAGUGAUAUUGUGUUUUGUCGGACUUGGUAUAAAGUCGAUGUGCCCCAAUUUUACACUCCAAUAACCACACUUUUGCUCCCCGAGGAGAAGAAAAACACGUGGCGGGGGGUUAGGACCACUGGGGAAAUCAAACGGGAAAAAGGAAUUAAAAAAUUGCCAGAUCAGGAUAGUUUAUAUCGACCGAUUGACAGACAACCUAAACCGUUCAAACCUUUGGUUAUUCCUGCUAAGCUACAAAAGGCUUUGCCCUAUCGUGAUAAGCCCAAACAUGGCGUCAAGGCCGCUGAUAAGAAGAAGAGUAUUGAUAGGGUGGCUGUGAUUCGUGAACCCUACGAACAAAAGGUUUCAAACUUGAUGAAAAUGGUUAAAACGAACUACGAGUAUAAACAAGAGAGGAUCAAGGCUGAGACUCAGGAGCGUCUCGAGAAGCACAGACAAACAAUCGAAGCACAAGAAGCACUGAAAGAGAAGAAAAUCAAACAGAAGAAGAAAGAAGUGUUUCGUAACAAAAGUAAAAGUAAAAAAUAAAUUACAGUUCAGUUUUUAA